AUGCACCGCGACGUUAAGCUGGAGAACAUUUUGCUUGACUCAGAUGGACACGCAGUCCUCUCAGACUUCGGUGUCAGCAAGAUGUUCCUUCCAUGUGAGCAGCAUCAAGCACAUUCAUAUUGUGGUACAUUAGGCUACAUGGCCCCAGAACUGAUUGAAAGCAGUGACGCGGGCUAUGACAUGGCAGUGGACUGGUGGAGUCUUGGCAUCGUUACACAUGAACUCCUCACAGGGGGGGAGUCACCAUUUGAAACUCGAAGUGUAUCACAGACAAGGAAGGAAAUAAUUCACCGAAUAAUUGAGGACGAACCCUGUAUCCAAAAUGACUUAUCCGUUCAUGCGAAAGAUUUCAUCUCUAAAUUAUUAGUCAAGGAUCCACGAAAGCGUUUAGGUGGAGGAGAAGACGGUGCUGAGGAACUCAAAAGACAUCCAUUCUUAAAUGGAAUGAACUGGUCUGAUCUGGAACAGAAGAAAAUAUCGGCACCAUUUGCACCCCAAGAGACAAACGAGUCACAAGGCAGCAACUUUGUUGAGGAAUCGAGCCCCAUAAGUUUUGCUGGCUCACCUAUCUUUAGUGCAGCCCCCCAGACGACUCUUACAAACUUACCUGAUAGCGAAUUUCCAAACUGUGACGAUAUAUUCUGGGGAUAUUCAUAUGUUUCACCAUCAGUCCAUUGUAGUUAA